AUGUUGCAGGCUAAAGGGACAGCAGCAGCAGCAGCAACAGAUGCAGCAGCAGCAGCAGCAGCAGCAGCUGCAGCAGCAGAUAGGGCAGCAGCAGCAACAGACGUAGCAGCAGCAGCAACAGAUGUAGCAGCAGCAGCAGAUGCAGCAGCAGCAACAGAUGCAGCAGCAGCAGCACCAGCAGCAGCAGGAGGAAUAGAUGUAGCAGCAGCAGCAACAGACGCAGCAGCAGCAACAGAUGCAGCAGCAGCAACAGAUACAGCAGCAGCAACAGACGCAGCAGCAGCAACAGACCCAGCAGCAGCAACAGAUGCAGCAGCAGCAACAGGGAAUAGAUAG